AUGCGCGAGGGGCUGGGCAGCGCCUGUGAGGCCGCCCGGCCCCGGCUGUGCCGACUCUUCCGCAGGAUCCUCCGGUCCAAGCCCGCCUGCGGCCCCCACGGAGCCAGCAUUUUCCAGGAGUGUGAGCUGGACUUCGUUAAGUCCAACUUCAAUCCGGCGACACAGGAUGAUCCAAAAGGCCAAAACAGCCUCAGCCACAAGCUCCGGAAUGAGUCCCCCCAAUCUCACAAAAACACGGAAAGGAAAUCUCCAGAACCCCCAGUUAAGACAGAUGUGACCCAAGUGACCUGCCCACGGUACAUGAAGAUCAAAAACUGGGGCAGUGGGACCAGUUUCCAAGACACACUUCACCACAAAGCUAAAAAGGAUCUUGCUUGCAAGUCCAAGUCUUGCCAUGGGGCCAUCAUGAACCCAAAAAGUUUGAUCAUUGGACCCAAGGACAAGCCUACCUCCCCAGAUGAGCUUCUACCUCAAGCAGUUGACUUUAUCAACCAAUAUUAUGACUCUUUCAAAGAGGCAAAAAUAGAGGCAUAUCUGGCCCGAGUGGAAGCGGUAACAAAGGAGAUAGAAAUAACAGGAACCUACCAGCUGACAGGGGAUGAGCUCAUCUACGCCACCAAGCAGGCCUGGCGCAACGCCCCCCGCUGCAUUGGGAGGAUCCAGUGGUCAAACCUUCAGGUCUUCGAUGCCCGGAGCUGUACCACUGCCCAGGAAAUGUUCGAGCACAUCUGCAGACACAUCCGUUAUGCCACCAACAAUGGGAACAUCAGGUCGGCCAUCACUGUGUUCCCCCAGCGGAGUGAUGGGAAGCAUGACUUCCGAGUGUGGAACUCGCAGCUCAUCCGCUAUGCAGGCUACCAGAUGCCCGAUGGCACGAUCCGCGGGGACCCGGCCUGCGUGGAGUUCACCCAGCUGUGCAUCGACCUGGGCUGGAAGCCUAAGUAUGGACGCUUUGAUGUGGUGCCACUGGUCCUGCAAGCCGAUGGCCGCGACCCAGAACUCUUUGAAAUUCCUCCUGACCUGGUGCUUGAGGUGCCUAUGGAGCAUCCAAAGUACGAGUGGUUCCAGGAGCUGGGGCUGAAGUGGUACACUCUGCCUGCAGUGGCCAAUAUGCUGCUGGAAGCAGGUGGCCUUGAGUUCCCGGGGUGUCCCUUCAAUGGCUGGUACAUGGGCACAGAGAUUGGGGUCCGGGACUUCUGUGACGUCCAGCGCUACAAUAUCCUGGAGGAAGUGGGCCGAAGGAUGGGCCUGGAGACACACAAGCUGGCCUCCCUCUGGAAAGACCGAGCUGUUAUUGAAGUCAACAUCGCCGUGCUUCAUAGUUUCCAGAAGCAAAAUGUCACCAUCAUGGACCACCACUCAGCCUCUGAAUCUUUCAUGAAAUACAUGCAGAGCGAGUACCGGGCCCGUGGGGGUUGCCCAGCUGAUUGGAUUUGGCUGGUCCCCCCAAUAUCUGGGAGCAUCACCCCUGUGUUCCACCAGGAGAUGAUAAGCUACGUCUUGUCCCCUUUCUACUACUAUCAGGUGGAAGCCUGGAAAACUCACGUCUGGACAGAUGGGAAGCGGAGACCUCGCAGAAAUGAGAUUCACUUCAGAGUCUUGGUUAAGGCCGUACUUUUUUCCUCUGUCCUGAUGCACAAGACCAUGGCAUUCCGAGUCAGAGCUACGAUCCUCUUUGCAACAGAGACAGGGCGAUCGGAAAUGCUGGCCCGGGACCUAGGGGACCUGUUCAGCUGUGCCUUCAACCCCAAGGUUCUCUGCAUGGACGAAUACCAAAUUGACAGCCUGGAGGAGGAGCAGCUGUUACUGGUGGUGACCAGCACAUUCGGGAAUGGAGAUUCCCCCAGCAAUGGUCAGAAAUUGAAGAAAUCCCUCUUUAUGUUGAAAAAGCUCACCAACAAGUUCAGGUAUGCCGUGUUUGGCCUCGGCUCCAGCAUGUACCCUCAGUUCUGCGCCUUUGCUCAAGACAUUGACCAGAAGCUGUCUCUCCUGGGGGCAUCUCAGCUCACCCCGACAGGGGAAGGGGAUGAACUCAGUGGACAAGAGGAGGCAUUUCGUGGCUGGGCUGUGCAAACCUUCAAGGCAGCCUGUGAGAGUUUUGAUGUCCGAGGCAAGAACCACAUUGAGAUCCCCAAACGCUACAGCUCCAACGUGAAGUGGGAGCCACAGCACUACAGGCUAGUGCAGGACUCACAGCCUUGGGACCUCAGUAAAGCCCUCAGCAGUAUGCACGCCAAGAAUGUGAUCACUGUGAAUCUCAAAUCGCUGCAGCCUCUCCAGGGCCCAAAAUCCAGCCGCUCUGUCCUCCUGGUAGAACUUUCCUGCAAAAACUGUCCCAGCCUGAGCUACCUGCCUGGAGACCACCUCGGGGUUUAUGCAGGCAACCAGCCAGCACUGGUCCAGGGCAUCUUGGAAAGAUUGGCAGAUGGCUCUGUACCCCACCAACCCGUGAGCUUGGAGACCCUCGACGAGAGUGGAAGCUACUGGGUGAAGGACAGACGGCUGCCCCCCUGCUCCCUCAGCCAGGCCCUCACCUACUUCCUGGACAUUACCACACCCCCCAGCCAGCUAUUGCUCCGGAAACUAGUGCUGCUUGCCACAGACGAGGAUGAGAAGCGAAGACUAGAGGAGCUGAGCCAGCCCUCGGAGUACAACAAAUGGAAGUUCACCCACAGUCCCACCUUCUUGGAGGUGCUGGAGGAAUUCCCGUCGCUGCGGGUGCCGGCUAGCUUCCUGCUCUCGCAGCUCCCCCUACUGAAAGCCCGCUACUAUUCCAUCAGCUCCUCUGCGGCCCGCUCUCCCUCCGAGCUCCACCUCACCGUGGCGGUGCUCACCUAUCGCACCCGAGGUGGCCAGGGUCCCCUGCACCAUGGCGUCUGCAGCACGUGGCUCAGCACCCUGAAGCCUGGAGACCCUGUACCCUGCUUUUUGCGAAGUGCCAACAACUUCCAGCUGCCUCAGGACCCUUCCCAACCUUGCAUCCUUGUCGGCCCCGGCACGGGCAUUGCCCCCUUUCGCAGUUUCUGGCAGCAGCGUCUCUAUGAAGCUGAACACAAAGGGCUACAGGGCGGCCGUCUGACCUUGGUAUUUGGGUGUCGUCACCCAGAGGAGGAUCACCUCUAUCGGGAAGAGAUGCUAGAGAUGGUCCAGAAGGGGGUACUGCAUGAAGUGCACACAGCCUAUUCUCGUCUGCCUGGCCAGCCCAAGGUCUAUGUACAGGACAUCCUGCGAGAGCGGCUGGAAGGCGAGGUGCUUCGUGUGUUACUUGAGGAGCGAGGUCACAUCUACAUCUGUGGGGGCGUGUGCAUGGCCCAUGAUGUGGCCCACACCCUGAGGCAGCUGGUGGCUGCUGCAUUGAGCCUGAGCGAGGAGCAGGUGGAGGAUUAUUUCUUCCAGCUUAAGAGCCAGGAACGCUACCAUGAGGAUAUCUUCGGUGCUGUGUUUCCCCACAAGGCAAGGAAGGAUGAGGCCUUGGAGCUGCCCGAUAAUCCUGAAGCUCUGGUCCCUUUCACAAAGAAGUGUGAAGUCGAAACUGCAGGCAUGGAAGCGACUGUUGAUUUCCUGCCAUCACUGUCCCAUUACCAGGUAGGGGGCAGCCACCCCCACACUGCAGGGUCCCUGCCCGGGCCGAACCCACACAUCAACAACUUUCCCACCAACAUCCCAGACCCCCUCCCCAUCCCCACCUUCUCCUGGAUGCUGCCUCAGUCAUCAGCCUCUUUAGAAGCAAGGACUAAACUUGGGCCUUCGGACUGCCCAGACCCCUCCCUCCCAUCCUCAUUGCACCCCAGUAUUUGGCAACUGCUGUAG